UUGUGCUGCCUGCCAGUAUGAUUGUUAAAAAUCAGUCAGACUCUACACCUAGUGACAUGAAGAAACUCAGUCUGUUAUCUGCAGUUAAAUUGUGGCAAUCAAUCCGAUCAUGGGUAUUGCCAAGAAAAAAUCUCCAACUUACCAGGGCAAGUUUGCCACAAUUUUUAAAAAGCUUAAGUAUGGCAUACUGCAAUCUGUCAGAAAUUCCCAAUGGUCUUAGUAGCCUAUCCUCAUUGAAGCAUUUGAAUCUAAGUGGAAACCCAUUUUUGAGCCUAUCAGUAAACAUGAAUGGUCUUAGUAAGCUCCAGACUCUUGUGUUGGAUGGUUGCACAAACCUCGAAAUGCUCCCCGAGCUCCCACCAAGUGUAGAGAGAUUGCAAGCAUGGGAAUGUACUUCAUUGAAAAGAGUAACAAACUUACCCUCCGUGUUCAAAACAAUGGGACAUGAGGUUUUGAGUUGCGAGAAUUUAGUUGAAUUUCAAAACGUGUUCAAAACAAGACCGUUGAGAAGCGUCGACAUAGAAAUGAUCAAAGAUAUCGGUCUGUUCAAUUUGGAAUCCAUAGGAAGCACUGAAGUUGAAAUGAUCAACUACUUGACACGUACAACGAGGAAGGGUCCUCUCCAGGGACUGGAUGAAAGUGGUAUAUUUAGCAUAUUCCUUCCUGGGAGCGAGGUUCCAGAUUGGUUCUGCUACAAGUCGAGCAUGGGUAACUCUGAACUGUCUAUAACUAUACCUCCACAUCUUAAUUUGAAGAUCCGAGGCCUAAAUGCAUGUGUUGUGUAUGCACAAGGUAAGGUUCUUGUUGAGGAAUUGAAAUGUUACUCGGUCGUUCCCUUUCUUCGCAUCAGCAAUGAGACCAAGGGUCUUAAGUGGACCUAUUUUCCAGUCACAGUAGGGCUUCCAAAAGAGAAGGAAGAUAUGUUAUGGCUUAGUCAUUGGCGAUUCGCAAACGAUGAAUUGGAGGGUGGAGAAGAAAUACGUGUUUCGGUUAGAGAUGAAUCCGAUAGUUUCUGGACAAAGGAAUUUGGAAUCCAGCUUGUGUACGAGCAGAAUAAUAAUGAGGGUACUAUAACUGAAGAUAUAACCACAAUGUUCCAGCAUGAAACAAAUACUCCUUCGAGCCAAAAUCAUGUCGUUGCUGGAGAUGUGUCAGCGUCAGCAUCAAGGUUUGAGUUGGAUAAGGUGGGUGAAUGCGUUAUUUGUAAUCAUAGUCAUAUAGGAGUCGUCUCAUACAUAGACAUAUAGGAUAAGCAUCAAGGGUUGAGUUGGAAAAGCUGCAGAUUAUUUGCGAAGAAUCACCUGAGGACCCUGGAAAACGUGGUAGAGUGUGGCA